AUGCUCACAGCAGGGCCGUGCAGGCCUGUGGGUCGGUGCGGCGGCACCUGCCCGUUUACGUGCUACAUGGGGGACGUGUCCUGGGCUCUGCCUGCUGCCGCUCUGCCUGCGACCAGUCGCAACGCAGCGAGCAGUAACAGCAGUAACCCUGCUGAUAACCCUAUCGCCAACGUGACGCUGACCAUUACAGUGACAGCGUCCGCGGCGGUCGCACAGCCGUGUCGGCUCUGUGGGGGCUUUGAGCAGUUACCCUAUCAGGUGUUACAGGCAACCGUUCGGCUCACGGCCGUGCUUGUGCCAGUUGGCCUCAAGCAGCCGCAGCCAGGCCAGCCGCUACAGGAGCAGGCUCUUUCUGGCGCCGCUACAGCUGUUGGUUCCGCUACAGCCGGUGCUGGUGGUGGUGGUGGUAGUGUUGGGGCCGGUGGUGGCGCGGCGUUUGGUGCACUGGAGGCGCGUUUGUCCACAUCAUCCGCGUGGCCUGUAGCCUUUGUGCUUCCCCUACCGCCCGCAGCGUCCGCAGCGCCUGUAGCGCCUGUAGCGCCUGUAGCGUCCGCGCCGACAUUGGUGGUGUUGUUUGUGCGCAGGCCAAGGGGCGUGGCGAAGGUGGGGCGUGCGCGCUUCUCGUGGCACGCGCUGGAGAUGACAGGCGUGCACUCGCCUGCCCGCUGUGACGCCUGCACCUUCCUCUGCAAGGUACCUCUGCAAGCCCCCUCUCCCCGUCCCCCCUCCCGCACCUGCCUCUGCAAGGUGCGUCCCCCACCUCCCCCCUGUCCCGCUAUCUGCAUGCUGCGUCUUCGUCCCCCCUGCCCUCCCGUCUGCAAGCUCCCCUUACCCUGCCAUUCCUCCCCCUCCCUGUCCUCCCACACCUCCCUCCCCCUCCGCCUCCCCGCCCGCCUCCCCGUCUGUCUCCCCAUCCUCCCCACCCCGUCAACCCCCCAUCCGCAGCUGGACUCGCUCCCAAGCUUCCCCUGUUCGCGGGGGUGGUUCACAGCGCGCGGGCUCAUGGACGGUCCCCACCGCUUCACAGUCACCGCGCUCAGGGGAGCGCCGGGGGUCAUUGGCACCCGCCCCGCCUGCACCUGUGAACCCACGCACAAGCUCAUCCCCUUCUCCUCCCCUUACUCCUCUCCCCGUCCGCUCACAGCUGGACGCCCUCCCCAGCUUCCCCUGUCCGAGGGGGUGCUGGACGCCCUCCCCAGCUUCCCCUGCCCGCGCGGGUGGUUCACAGCAGCCGGCCUCACGGACGGUCCCAACCGCUUCACAGUCACCGCGCUCAGGGGCGCGCCGGGGGUCACUGGCACCCGCCUGCAGGCCGCCACUGCUGAUGUUGGGAUGGGCGGAGAGUGGGGAGGAGGGGUGGAAGGGGGAGGGGGAGGGGGAGGGGGAGGAAGAGGAGGGGCGCAGGUGGAGGCGCAAGCACAGGCCACAUAUGAAUGGGUCGCUGACGCGGCCAGUCCAGUGCCAACGCUAACAGUGGACCCGCCACAGGCAAGGGAGGGGUCGGUGCAGAUCAGCAUCGCCUUUGACAAGCCCUGCCUGGGCCUGCAGUGCAACUCCACCGAAACCUCGCCCUCUGAAAUGCACUUCUCUGCUCCUUCCUUUCCCUUUCCCCUUGCUUCCAAUCCCGUGGUUCCCAUCCCAUCAAAAGCGGCCAGUCCGGUGCCAACGCUAACAGUGGACCCGCCACAGGCAAGGGAGGGGUCGGCGCAGAUCAGCAUCGCCUUUGACAAGCCCUGCCCGGGCCUGCAGUGCAACUCCACCGAAAUCUCGCCCUCUGAAAUGCACUUCUCUGCUCCUUCCUUUCCCUUUCCCCUUGCUUCCAAUCAUGUGGUUCCCAUCAAAAGCGGCCAGUCCGGUGCCAACGCUAACAGUGGACCCGCCACAGGUGCAGGCAUCACCACAGGGCAAAGUCAGGUGCAGGCAUCACCGCAGGGCAUAGUGAGCAUCGACCCCUCCUCGUUCAUGGCCUGUGCUGACUCGAGUGGGAGGGCAUGGAUGGCGGGGUUUGGCUCUUAUGCCGUCAUCAGGAUAGACCGCGCCCCUCUGGAGGCCACUCUCACCUGCGACACGCCCUUGGCGGUGGUCAAGUUCUUCACACAGCUCAGAGCCACGCCACGAGUCUCCCAGUCGCCCGUGACGUGUCGGGUGCUCUUCUCCAAGCCCGUCUCUUCCUUCCCCUCCUCGUCCCUCGCUAUCGCCAACGCCACCGCCAGCAACCCCCAAUCUGUCUCCGACCUGGAGUACCAGUUCCAGGUGAGUUUCAGUUGCAGUGGACUAGGGUGUACCAUGUUUAGGUGGGUUGCUGUGAGUCGGUCAAUGCCAGGGUACGGCUCUAUGAGUCGACCAGUCGCCGGUGACCUGCUAAGUGCUCUUCUCUUCUCCAAGCCCGUCUCUUCCUUCUCCUCCGCGUCCCUCGCUGUCGCCAACGCCACCACCAGUGACCCCCAACACGUGACCGACCUGGAGUACCAAUUUCAGGUGGGUGGGUUCCUCUUUGUUUCCAUUCCUUUUUUUUUGGAGUUCAAGUGGAAUCUUUUGAUGGGCUUUACUGUGUGGCCCACGGGCAAAGGCUCAGUGGUGGUGGACAUACGGCAUGAGAAUGUCACCGAUGUUGCUGGGAACAUCUGCCAGCCCACACAGCCCUUCUUCUUCUUCUUCUUCUUUGACACCACACCCCCUACGGUGCAGCUGAGCGGGAGCGAGACCAGCGCCACAACAGACUGGGUCUACCCCAUCCUCGUCGCCUUCUCACCAUCUCUCCUUCCUCUCUACCAUGCAGCUCUCAGCCCCCACUUUUCCCUCUCCCGCUUCCGUUUCGCCACUAUGUCUGCCCUUCAACCACCAGACACCACGCGCCCAACGGUGCAGCUGAGCGCGAGUGAGAGCAGCGCCACCACGAACUGGGUCUACCCCAUCCUCGUCGCCUUCUCAGAGCCCGUGCUGGGAUUCAACAGCUCGUCGCUUCAAUUGUCCAAUGGAGUCAUCACCUGGUGA